GUCAUAUCCGCCCGCCCGCCUCGCUUCCGAGGUCGCCCCAGAACGAAGCCAGACGCAAACAUAUUAGGACUAUCCCGGCCUCAAGCUCCGGCCACUGUGUGGGUCUGCCAAACUUUGGCAAAUUCGUUCAGCGAAUGGCAGUCAGGGAAGGCGCCAGGCUAAUACCACGGAAGGCGGGUGUGAUCAACAUUGGAAAAGAUGCCAGCAUCAGCUGCCACAUAUGAAAGAAUAGUUUACAAAAAUUUCUCAGAAUACCACUACAUGAAAGUCUGCCUAGAAUUUCAGGAUCAUGGAGUUGGACUGAAUGUUGCACAGUUCAAACAGCUACUUGUUUCUGCUCUAAAGGACCUGUUUGGGGAGGUUGGUGCUGCCUUGCCCUUGGACGUCCUGACCUAUGAAGAGAAGACCUUGUCAGCCAUCCUGAGAGUGUGUAGCAGUGGUGUGGUCAAAUUGUGGAGCUCUUUGACCCUUCUGGGAUCCUAUAAAGGCAAAAAAUGUGCUUUCAGAGUGAUUCAGGUUUCUCCCUUUCUCCUUGCAUUAUCUGGUAAUAGUAGGGAACUGGUAUUGGAUUGAAUAGUCUUCAAUUUGAGGAACUUUUCUUGUGCUCCUGAAAGUAUUUUUGACAUCUCCAUAUUUUGAAAGCAGCAGCAGGCUUGAAGACCCCAGAGCUGAAGUUUGAGUGUGUUGAAGAUGUUCCUAGUGAC